AUGGCUUACAUUGCCUUUCUCGAAGACUUGCUCGAAGUCGACGAAAACCCUUUGACUUACGUAAACAGAAGUCUUCAUCCUGGAACGCCUCCGCAGAAGGUACUCCGUUGGGCUACAAGUGACAUGGUGUCUCGUUUGCUAUGGUUGAAUUGGGAGAAAUUGGGGAUAAUAGCGUAA